AGUAUGAUUCAGGUCUUUCGGCAACCAACGUUUAAUUUUAAUUGAUCGUAAGGAGAUUCCCAGGGAUAAACAGUUCCUUAAAGUUGAAGUAAAAUCUGGCGAGCUUUCAAAUAGUCCCGUUACCGUCCUACAGUUCCAAAAUGCCAGUGAGGUUGAUUGGUUACAACAAUUGGGGUAUUUGACAUAAGGAGGUUGUACUUACAAACCAAACAUAAACGUGCAAACGGUUUGGUGUUAUCCUGUUUUCAAUAACAAUUUAUGGAAAUGGCUGAUCAGUCUCCACUUAUAUCUAGUUUAUUGUCAACUCCUAUGAGUUCAAGUCUUGGAUGUGCACGCUUAGAGCUACGAAAUACACAAUGCGCACCUGUAGCCGUAUCCGAUGGCAUGAAACUUCUGCGGUAUGCUGUUUCUACUGGAGAUUCCGAUAAAGUUUAUAAACUAUUGAGAUGUUCACAUAUAUCACCGAUUGACCAUGGUACUGACAUGCCUGUUAUCUGUAAGGCAGCUGGGAAAGGUUAUACGGAUAUUGUUGGUCUCCUUAUCAGACAUGGUGCAUCAGCAAAUGCAAGGUCAACUGAUGGUUCUACACCCUUAAUAUAUGCUGCUGAUGGUGGUCAUCUCACUGUUUUAUCACUGCUGUUAGAUGCAGGAGCGUUGGUCAACACUAUUAAUUGCCAUGGUGAAUGUGCUCUUACCCGUGCUACUCGUCGUGGAUGGGUUCACUGUGCACGAUUUCUCUUAAGCCAUGGAGCUAAUCCGAAUCCGAUGCCAUCUGAUGGGCAUACUUUUGUGGUAUCACCACUACAUUUAGCUCGCCAAAUGCAUCAAACAGUUAUAGAACAAGAUAUUUUAAAAAGAACAGUUGAGAUUGAUAAAGCCGUUGCUGAAAUAGUGGCAACGACUCUACCAAAUCAUCUGACUUUGAUAGAACCAGGACAUUUACCAGAGACAAUGUCUUUGAGUCUGUUUCCUGUUCAAAUCUUCUCUUCAGAAGAGCUUAGUCGCUUUGUUUUGUACUUUAAAACACCUCCUGGGUAUGGCUCACGCAGUUUACAAGUGGGGAAUAAAGAAUCUUCCAGUGGAUCGACACCGUCUGACGAGCUGAUAUUUGUGUAUGUGAUUCGAGCGCAGUUAUCAGACAAUCAUGUCUCUUGCUGGCUCACUGGACCUCCCAUGGAAUCACUAUCAUUGAGCUUUAAUGGAACAAAAAAACAUUGUACUGUGAUACCCUUGUCAUCUGAGUAUUCUGGUAUUUGCGUAUAUUCAGUAUCUACAGUAAUUAGGAGUGGUGGACUCAAUACUGUCUGCCUAGAGCAACGUCCGCAAGACCAAUCUAUUGGUGAAACAGUCCAGUAUAAUGCGUCCUAUUCCACGGCAAUUUGUAGCAAAUGUGUGGUUGAGCCGAUUUUAAGCGUGAAGUAAUCAACGAGCAAAAAACUGGCUGUCUAGAUGAAUAUACCUCUUCAUUUGGCAACGUAUCCACCAUUAAGCUGAAGUCAAUGAAUCCACAACUUAAAAACAUCGAAGCAUAAAUAAUGAAACAUGAUUGCGCUUAGUAGUGGAUCAUCACUUCUUGGAGUUAUUUUCACAUCUGAUGACUUGUAGCUUCAAGCAUACAAAUGGUAGAAACAGUGUUCAUCAAACAUAUUAUUGCCUCACUUGAUACCCAAGUACUUAUAAUUUGUGUGUGGUGCUUGGAUUAAGAUUCAAAGGAACGAAAUAUCUGCAUACUGAACUGACUAUAGUACGGAUUCUUUAGGCGAAUAUAAUCUUUUUACUUUCUAAACAAACUAGAAUUAUGACAAAGCAUAUUGUACAAGAUAAACUGUGAUGUAUAUUAAAUAGGAUCUAUAUUCAUUGGUUUGCUUGAUUUCUUUCAGAGUGCAUCAUAUGAUUCAGUUGUUCUUGUUGGAGCUUAUCGUAUUCGUCUGGAUGUAACCUCUUUGAUAAUGGCCUCAGUGAACCCAGUUUCUUCAACAGGAACCACUAAAGCAAGCGUGUACAUUCCCAGAUCAGCCAUAUGAUAUUAUUAACUAUGAAAAAUAUGGAUGUCUUUAACCACUGUCUUCUGUUCCGUUCUGUUAAACAGAUUAUAAAGUUUUUAAAAUGUACUUGAUAGAAAAUAUCACAAAAUAGUAACGACAGUUAUUGUACACAAAUUAUUUUUUACAAAAUUUUCAUAUUUACAUGAACGAUAUUCAUAUUGAAUUCAGAAAGAAGAUACUGUACUAAACAGACUGAUAAUCAUACAAAUUUUACAAACAAGUUAGGUGGUUAUAAUUUCUAGAUCAUGAGAUCAUUAUUUGUGAUGUGAUGCAGUAGGUUCUCGAGAAGAAGAGGCUUGUUGUUGUGGAUUUGUCUUGUUCUGACGUUGUCGAACACACAUAACCAGCUGCUCAGCUGUUACAGGAUACAUGAUACUUUCAAUAAUGGCUAGCAUGCAAUAUAAAACAUGAUUACUGUUUACUAGCAUUCUUAAAUAGCCACAUGCAGUUAUAAAAAAAUUAACACUUUUUUAUUGUGUAGCUAUUAUUAUUUAUUUUAUUUUAUUUGAACACAUAAAUAUUGGUACAA